AACCAAGGUUUUUUCACCUGCCAAGCACCUCAUCUCACGGGGACACAACCCACCCGCCCUUCCCUCUUUCGUCUACCGCCCCAAAUCGGCCAUUUCUCCGGCCAACUAGAGUUUUCACGGUGAUCCAAGGUCCCCAUGUACAGAAUCACAGCUUCCCGCCUCCAGGCUCUCAAGGGCCGAACAUGCGGUUGGGCACCUGCACGAUUUGCAAGUUCUAGCACUCUUGCUAGAGAAUCAUCAUCUACACGUGGUCUCUUCACAUGGCUGACAGGGGAACAUUCCAAAUCUUUGUCUCCUCUGGGCUCCCCACUUUCGGAUGUCAUCCUUCCACCUCCACUGCCUGAUUAUGUUAAACCAGGGGAAACAAAAGUGACAACUCUUCCAAAUGGUGUCAGAAUUGCAUCUGAGACCUCAGUGACUCCUACAGCUUCUAUUGGCUUAUAUGUCGAUUGUGGUUCAAUCUAUGAGUUGCCAGUCUCUUUUGGUGCAUCACACUUGCUUGAGCGCAUGGCUUUCAAGUCCACAACAAACAGAAGCCAUUUGCGAAUUGUCAGGGAAGUGGAGGCAAUUGGUGGCUUGGUGCAAGCCUCAGCUUCACGGGAGCUGAUGGGGUAUACCUUUGAUGCCCUGAAGACCUAUGUUCCUGAGAUGGUGGAGCUACUUAUUGACUGUGUAUGGAACCCUGCUUUCCUGGACUGGGAGGUCAACGAACAGCUUCAGAAAAUGAAAGCCGACAUUAGUGAAUCUCUCAAAAACCCUCAAGGCUUGCUUUUGGAGGCAAUACAUUCUGCUGGUUAUUCUGGUGCUCUGGCAAAUCCUCUUCUAGCACCAGAAUCUGCAAUAAAUAGAUUAAACAGUUCAGUUUUGGAGGAAUUUGUUGCUGAAAACUACACUGCUCCUAGAAUUAUACUUGCAGCAUCAGGUGUUGAACAUGAGGAACUGUUAUCUGUUGCAACACCUCUUCUGUCUGACCUGCCUGAAGUUCCUCAUACUGAAGAACCAAAGUCUGUGUACACAGGAGGUGAUUAUCGUUGUCAAGCUGACUCAGGGGAAGAGACUCAUUUUGCUAUUGCAUUUGAACUUCCUGGUGGCUGGCACGAAGUGAAGGAUGCUAUGACUCUGACUGUUCUUCAGAUGCUAAUGGGUGGAGGAGGAUCGUUCUCAGCUGGUGGCCCUGGAAAAGGAAUGUACUCAAGGCUAUAUCUUCGUGUCUUAACUGUGUAUCCACAAGUGCAAUCAUUUUCAGCAUUCAGCAACAUCUACAACCAUACUGGCAUAUUUGGUAUUCAAGCUACCACUGAUUCUGAUUUUGUGUCGAAAGCUGUUGAUUUGGCAUGCCAAGAGCUUGAGUCACUUGCCACACCAGGACAAGUUGACCCAAAAGAACUAGUCCGUGCUAAAAAUGCAACAAAAUCUGCCAUUUUAAUGAAUUUGGAAUCCAGGAUUGUUGCUUCAGAAGACAUUGGCAGGCAGGUUCUGACAUAUAAUAAGAGGAGUUCUGUGGAUUUUUUCUUGGAGCUUAUAGACAACAUUAAGGCACAGGAUAUUUCUGCUGUUGCUCAAAGGCUUAUAUCUUCAUCUCUGACAAUGGCAUCAUACGGAAAGGUUGUAAAUGUCCCAAGCUAUGAUUCAGUCAGCAGAAAGUUCAAGUGAAGAUGAGAUUGCUUGCUUGUGCUUGUACCAAAUUGGGCAGGCAUCCAGUCUGUUGUGUGAUUGCUGUGCGUCUCCAAAAUAGGAGCUCUUUUUCUUUUCAACAUCCACUUACAGUUGAUAAUAAGAAAUGAUGGCACGCCAAUUUUACAAAUAAAUGAGAUAUACCUGCCAAGUUUGAUAUGCCUGAUCGAUGCUGAGUCAAUUCCAUAUGGAAAUAAUGCUCUUGCACGGUUGUCGCCGUAUUUUCUGAUUUCUUUCACCCAUGGGAAGAGAGGAGAAAGUUCAUAUUCUUUUUCUUUUUUUCAUUUUACCUUUGGUUUAGUAAUUACCG